AUGGAGGUUGCCACGACCGGCAACAUGGUGAUGCCCCAGCCCACUGACCAGCAGCUGGGUGGCCAUGCCGUGUGCGCCGUGGGCUACGACGACUUCAAGCAGUGCUUUAUCGUCCGGAACUCCUGGGGCGAGGGGUGGGGCGACAAGGGUUACUUCUACAUGCCUUACGAGUACAUGUGCCACCCGGCGCUUGCCUCCGACUUCUGGGCCAUCAACUGGGUGGAGGGCUUCAAGAACACCAGCAGCGCUUCCAGCAGCGCAGUGGGAGGCGCUCCAAGGCACCCCAGCGUGGUUUCCCUCCCGCUGCGGACAACCAUGAAGUUCGGCUGGCGACCAGACAUGCCGGAUCAUCGCGACCUUCACGUGACCUUUGACAAAAAGGACGCCCCCAGCCAGAUCAAGAGGAAAGCUGAGG